AUGCUACGACGAGCACCUGAAUUACCACGAUCAGUUAAUGAUCGUCUCAAUCGAUUAGCAACAUCAGUUUUUACAUCAAUUGAUGCCAAUGAUUAUAAACGAGGAAAUAAUUUUCAAUCUAAACCAACACGUAUUGAAAUUGAUUAUUCAUCUAGUUUACCAUUACAAAUGUUAUUAUAUUUUAAUGUUUGUUUUUUUCCAUGUUGGCUUUUUUCAUUAACAUUUGUUUUACCUAUAUUAGCAACUAGUGCCAAGAAUUAUCCUGCUAUUUUAAUGGUAUUUGCUUUUCUAUUUAAAGCUAUUAUUGAAUUUAUAAGAUUAUAUCUUGGCUAUGCAGGAAAUUUAGCUGAACGAAUGCCUGAAUUAACAGCAUUUUGUUUAUUAACAAUUAUUUUUCAAAUACCAUUAAGUAUAUUUCUACUUGUUUAUUCUGUCAUUACAAAUGCUGAUAAAGAAAUGCAAUUGGCACUUGUAUUUGCUGUUGAAAUUAUCUAUGUAACGUUUCUUUUAUUAGAAGCAAUCUUUGGCAUCUAUGCUGUACGUAUUAUGGUUACAGCACAAUCAAGUCGUUUUCAUUAUCGACAAUUUGAAGAAGCUCUACCUGCAAAUGAUUUUGCAUCACCUUCAGGAUAA